AUGGAGAGUUUAGUUAGAGGACUUGAAUCGCUAGGACAGACACAGGACUCAUACGGUAAUUUAUUAGUUCCGAUUAUAAUCAACAAACUACCCGGAGAAAUCAGAAAGCAUCUCGCUCGGGAGCAUGGUACGACAAAUUGGUUAUUACCAGAUCUUCGAAAAAGUAUACAUAAAGAGAUACAAAUCAUGGAAGCCGGACAAGUUACACAGACGGAAAGUGAUAUUUCGUAUACUACCCUUUUCGCCGGUGCUAACACACAAAGAAAACACAACGCAAGUACUAGAAAUAUGAAUCAGCAUUUAACAGAAAAGCCGUGCAUUUUCUGCAAAGACAUUCAUUCGCCUGCCAACUGCCAGAAAGUACGCGAUUUAGAUGAACGCAUCGCUAUUGUUAAACGUAACAAUUUAUGCUUCAACUGCCUCGGUACACAUCACAUAAAGGAAUGCAAAACGAAAAGCUCAUGUCGUAACUGUGGUAAACGACACCACACUAGUUUAUGUAAUGAAGUUGGACAAACCGCGAACCCCGACCAGAGAAGUGAAAACCGUUUCACUGACACGAAAGAUUCCGCUCACAGUUGUACGAACGAAAGUACGACAUCUACACCGACUGUAGUUAAUCUUGUGAAGGAUACCGAGAUACAAGAAGACUCAACAGUAUUACACUCGUCAGCACAAACUCACUCAAAAGUAUUGUUGAAAACUGCUGUGGCCCCCGUUUGGUCAGAUCAUAAUUGCACAGAUACGAAUAUUUUGUUUGAUGAAGGCGCUCAAAGGUCUUUUGUAACGGAGAGUCUUGCGCGAAAAUUAAACCUGCAGAGAGAAGGAGCCGAAAAGAUUCAACUCUCAUCAUUUGGAGAAACCAACACUAAUGCUAGGCGACUCGAUAAAGCCACAGUUUAUGUUGAAACUGAAACUGGACAUAAAAUACCUAUAUAUGCAUUAAUCGUUCAAAUGAUAGCUACGCCGUUACAGAACCACAUUCGUUACAUUGACAGGAAUAAUAACUAUUUGCAAGGACUAAAGCUCGCACAUCCAGUUACGCAACAGGAUUCAUUCGAAAUUUCACUAUUAAUUGGAGCCGAUUUUUAUUGGGAAAUAAUUGAAGAUAAAGUUGUACGCGGAAACGGACCCACCGCAGUCAAAUCGAAAUUAGGGUACUUACUUUCUGGACCGUUAGAAAAACCACACUUAUCAACAGCGUCAAGCAUUUUCAAUGUUCUUAUUUCACAUAAAACAGAAGAACACGACUUAGAAGCGUUUAGGAAGAUUGAAGCUACAGGAAUAGAAUCUCCAGGAGUACACGGAAAAGAGAGCUAUAUAGAGUUUCGCGACGACGAAGAUUAUACAAAGUUACCAUGGAAACACAACAACGAUUAA